GCUCGGUUCGGCGUUUCUAUUCCUGGAGCGGGCCGACUCCUCGUCUCCGGCUGCCAAGCCGGAGGUGCCAUGCCCCGGCUACGAGCGACGGGAGCGAGGCCAGUGCGUGCGAGUCCGUCCGCGCGGAUGUCGAGCGUGUGCGCGCGGAAGUCGUUGUCGUUGGAGAUGUGCGUACGCGACGUGCGACGGAAUCGAGAGCGUGGACGACGACAGGACGCCGACGACGACGACGCCGCCGCUGCCGCCGCCGCGGUCGCGCCAAGCGUGCCAGGCCGUCGACGCGAUUCUUCUCCGCGACUGGUCUCGGACCGUCGCCCGUCGCUUCCGGUCCCCCAGCUCGUGGCCGCGUGCGUCGCGAUCAUCCGCGAUUGACCUCUCAUCCGGGGAUCGGACGGAUCCGGAAUGUCGGAUGGUUGUUGUCGUACGGCACGCUCGUCCGCGGCGUCGCGACGCGCCGCGAAGCACCUCCGGAAGCGGAAGUUGCCAGGCUAAGAUCACCGUCUCGACGCGGGAUAGGAUCGACGAAUGUGACAGGCAUCGAUCGAUCUCUCCGAGAGCUCUCUUGCUCUCUCUCUCUCUCUCUCUCUCUCUCUCUCUCUCUCUGUCUCCUUUUUUUGUCGAUUUUGAUUGUCACUGGAGAACGUAGGUCCCCCUUCUAUCAAUAUCAAAGGGAGAUCGUGAGAUAAGGUAUUUUAAGAGCUCACAUUUCGUUCGGUCUAUUCCUCGAAUCGACAGCUCGCGAUAAUAUACGAGAUCGACAAAUUUACUCGUGUCAUCGAGGACGAUGAUGUUAAAUGUUGAAUAUUCCCGAACAGUCGACAUUAGAAAUUACGAUACGAAUGUGUGAUAAGAAUAAGAGAAGAAUGCGCGGGAGGACUAUUGCCAUAAAAUACGACGGAUUAUUCGAAGGGUCCCGCAUCCGAUCACGCAUGAUUCGGCGAUCGAGGGAUUGUUCGUGCGACCAAUUUACUUCAAAGAAGACAAAGAUACGAUGGAAUAAAGGCGAAGAAAGAAGAGAAAGUCUCGCGGAGGACGAUUGUACCACGUUUCUUCCUGUGAAAGUGUGAAGCUAACGUUUUCAAAGAAUUAAAUGCCAAAGAUGAACAAUAGUGACAGCUUAGAAAGACAGUAUUUGUUAUGAUAACGAUGAGACGUGAAGUAGCAGAUAAAUUAGGUAAUAGUGAUUCGUACAGUUUUCGAUCGACCAAAGGAUUUACGAAAUAUAUAGCUAAUAAUAUAUCAAAGAGUGAUCACCGAAGCAAUGCAUAUAAAAUAUAUAUCUUCUUUUUCGUUAAUGAAAAAAAUAUUUUUCUCGUAAAUCAAAGACGAUCGCGAGAACGACGAUCAGAGAAAAUGGAACAAGUGAUAUAGUGAAAUAAAUUUUUUUCGGGGGAUUUGUGUUGAGAAAUGUGUGCAUUUAGCGACUUUUAGCGAACAUCCGUUGCGCGUUUUCGCGAUUCUUGCUUUCGAAUUUUGGAUUCGAGUGCUGCGGACGAGAGUGAAGAAAGUGGAGGGGAGACUGAAGUUUCAACCCGGUUGAGCAAUUUGAAGACCGGAAACGGUGGAAGGUGUAGGAGAGCGUGAUGUAGAGGGACUCGCAGUCCUGGAGACGUUAUACUGGCAGAUCGCCGUUGCUCGGCGUAGCCUGAUCUCUUCUUGGUAUCGUUCGAUACCAAGAUGCUCGACAUAUUUCGCAGCCUCAAGAGCCUUAUAAAAAUCUCGCAUAUUCAUACCGACAGCGCCGUUUUUCGCCUGCAUUACAGUCUCACCGUGAUCCUGCUGAUAGCCUUCUCCCUCAUCGUCACCACCCGCCAGUACGUCGGCAAUCCCAUCGAUUGCAUACACAGCAAGGAUCUGCCGGAGGACGUCUUGAACACUUAUUGCUGGAUCCACAGCACGUACACUAUAACCGCGGCGUAUCGAAAGAAGGAAGGCUCGGAAGUGCCUUUUCCCGGCAUCGACAAUUCCAAAUCGUAUCCCGAAAGCGAGAGGAAGGAGUACAGAUACUACCAGUGGGUCUGUUUCAUGUUGUUCCUCCAGGCGAUCCUCUUUUACACACCGCGUUGGCUCUGGAAGGGAUGGGAGGGUGGUAAGAUUCAUGCCCUUAUGAUGGAUCUCGAUAUCGGGCUAUGCUCCGAGGUGGAGAAAAAGCAAAAGAAGAAGAUGCUGCUCGACUACCUUUGGGAGAACCUACGCUUUCACAAUUGGUGGGCUUACAGGUACUACCUAUGCGAGGUCCUCGCGCUGCUGAACGUCAUCGAUGUUUCUGAUGAAUCGCUUCUUCGACGGCGCCUUCUUGACCUUCGGCAUCGACGUACUCAAAUUCCUCGAAUCCGAUCAAGAAGACCGAGUGGACCCGAUGAUUUACGUCUUUCCACGUAUGACCAAAUGCACUUUCUACAAGUACGGCGUCAGCGGGGAGGUCGAGAGGCACGACGCCGUUUGUAUACUGCCUCUAAACGUCGUCAACGAGAAGAUCUAUGUUUUUCUCUGGUUCUGGUUCCUUUUCCUCGGCGUGCUCAGUUUCUUUACAGUUUUGUACAGGAUCAUAAUAAUAUUUUCGCCGCGCACGAGGGUCUACCUGUUGCGAAUGAGAUUUCGUUUGGUACGGAGGGACGCUGUGGAGACGAUAGUGCGUCGCAGCAAGGUAGGCGAUUGGUUUCUCCUCUACAUGCUAGGCGAGAAUUUGGACACCGUGAUAUACAGAGAUGUGAUGCACGAUUUGGCGAACAAACUCGCCUCGAGGCAUCAGCAUGGCGUACCGGGAGUGAAGGGCGAGCUACAAGAAGCCUGAUCGAGGUUGCCUCGGAGGGUCGGCACGCUCGAUUCGCCGUCGUCGUCGUCGUCGUCGUCGCGAUCCCGUCCUCCUCGAUCGUCCGCAUCGCGCGAUUCUCGACGCAUCCGAGGGAGAUGCAAGGCGCGCGAUCGCAACCGGAACUUGAAAGGACGACGGAUGGACGGACCUUGCUCGAGGAUCCGCGGCGGUGGAUCCGGUCUCGCGAAGAUGUCUCGCGCCUAUCCUUUCCGCCAGCUGUUGCUCAUCGAACUCGAAGCGAUGCGACAGCGAUAGCGCCGGACGAACGGAGAUGCCGUCUCCUUCCUCUCCCUUAUUCCCACCCCCCUUUUAUUCUCAACCCCUUCAUUAUCCUCGUGUAUACACGAGGAUGAUGAUUCGCGGUGACAACGUGCCGAGUCACUCUCUCGGCUAUUAAAUAUUCGACAAGUAAUAGUUUCGGCGAGCUCAGAUUUCCCGGCAUGGCGCAAAAAUGAUCUCUAACGUUUAGAGGAGAGACAAGCAGGGAUAUGAGAUACAGCAUUUUUGUGUGUAUAUAUUUUUGUCGACUCCUUGAAAUUGAGUCUUAGUUUAGUUUUACGUGUUAUGCACACUCGUGUCUCAUUAUACAUACAUACAUACAUGCGUCACGGUUUAUUAAGAUAAUACGCGCAUUCCAAUGGUGUGAACAUGAACCGUAACGAAACCACACUUGUGUCAUCCGAAAAGUUUUUUUUAUACAAUUUCUGAAAGGAGCGAAAAUCACACACGCCGCGGCGGUUUCUCCCGUAUUUCCCAUACUCGAUAUCUCAUACUCCCCCUUCCAUCUGCGAACGAAAUGAAAAACGCGACACGACCACGUCGUGUUACGGCGCAUUUCGCCGCGUCUUGUAACACGAGGAACUGAACUCGUCGAAAUUAUACCGGUUUCGAUCCCCCUGGUCGCUCUCGGGCGGAUUUCAGUCGCGAACGAAAAGACAGAGACGCGGCAAUCAGAGAUGCGAUGGAGCGACGGAAAGGACCAAAAAAAAAUAAUAAUAAAAAAAUAAAAAACUAUUCUGCUGUGCGCGUUAUCCCCGGAGAUAGCGAUAUAUAUGCUCGUUAAAAGACACUUUGAAAAAUGACGACGUAGAUAUAUAUAUAUAUACGUCGCGCCGAUCGAGUUCGGAGAUCUUUAUGUCUUCGUAUCGCUCUCGCCAAGAGAAGGAGUGGAUAUUGAAAGUAUUGUCAGACGGGAUUAUUUUAUUUUUGCAUAGGUAAAAUUUUGUACCUCUGUUAAAGAAUGAUCUCAAAGAAACUGUCUAAGAAUUAGAGAUUAAUAAAUGAGAGCUCCUCCGUAGAGGAAUAAAAAUAAGCUCUCUUUAUGAAUUCUUAGAUACACCAACUAGUCCUAUCUCUUUUUCUUUAUUAUAAUGUAAUGAUAUUUCUCGGAAGGGAGAGCAAAGUAAAUCCCGUGUGACGAUAUACUCGGAUCCCUGCAAGAGCGUCCGGAAUGCUAAAUAAAUGCUGCGUAUAAUAUUGCCUCGCAAAGCAAUUGUUUUAACACUUUGAUUGUGUUAACUGUGUUUCGUAUAAGUGCUAGAUAAGAAAACGCUGGAAAGGGGAAAUAAAGAUUAAUAAAGGUUAUUGUGUGGUCGCGAUAUUCGAGCGAUAUUGGGUCCAUUGUGACGAUUUCUUUUGUUGGAAAGUUUGAUUUCAACUUUGAAGGAUUCUUGUAUUCGAUUCAAUGCGCGAUUAAAUGCAAGAACGUAAUAUUAUCUAGUCAUCGUAUAUUCUACGUCUGCGUAACUAUCGAUCGUCAAUUUAUUUGUUGAUACGGACACACUGCCACCGAUCGAUACGAUAUCGAUUUUGCUGUAUUUAUCUUCGUUCUAUUUAAACGAAGAUAGCGUAAAGAAAUAAAGAUACAUUAUCUUGAAA